AUGGGCUCCACAUCUCCCGACUUCGAGUCUCGAUUAUACAUCAAUGGCGAAUUCGUGCCAGCCAAGGGCGCAGAACGACUGACGCUGUACAAUCCUUGGGACGAGUCAGUAGUGGCGUCGGACGUGCAAGUCGCCAACACCGAGGAUGUCGAUAUUGCCGUUGCCGCUUCACGAGCAGCGUUCAAGGGACCAUGGAAGAAAUUCACCGGCGCCCAGCGGUCGGCUGCAAUGCUCAAAUUCGCCGACCUGGUCGAGAAGAACAUCGAUACGCUGGCAAGACUGGAAUCGCUACCUACCGGCAGACCAUUCAGCAUGAUCAAGCAUUUCGAUCUGCCACAUUUGAUCUCCGUGUACAGAUACUACGCAGGUUGGGCGGAUAAGAUCGCCGGAAAGACCUUCCCUGCAGAGAAUGGGACUUAUAAGAUUGUCAAGUAUGAGCCGAUUGGUGUCGCCGCUGGGAUUGCCUCGUGGAACGCCACAUUCCUGUAUGUCGCCUGGAAGAUCGCCCCAGCUUUAGCGGCCGGUGCCACUUUCAUCUUCAAGGCUUCAGAAAAGUCUCCUCUGGGCGUACUCGGCAUCGCUCCGCUCUAUGCGGAAGCAGGCUUCCCACCUGGUGUUGUCCAGUUCUUGACUGGAACCCGAGAGGCAGGUGCGGCUCUGGCCAGCCAUCCUGGUAUCGACAAAAUCAGUUUCACGGGCUCGGUCGCUGCUGGUCGUGCCGUGCAAGCCGCAGCCAUCAAAUCAAAUCUCAAGCGAGUUACACUUGAACUUGGCGGCAAGUCACCCGCACUCGUAUUCGACGACGCCCCUCUGGAAGCGGCCGUGGGCGGUGUUGGUCAGGGAUUCCUCGUGAACAGCGGACAGAUCUGUGUCGCUGCAUCGCGUGUUCUCGUCCAAGAAGGUAUUGCUGAAAAGUUCAAAGCGGCAGUGAAAGCCCAAUUCGAGGCUGUGAGCAAGAAUCUUGGUGCCAACCCUCUCGAACCCACAACCACACACGGACCGGUCGUCGACAAAGCUCAGUACGAACGAAUCUCCGGAUAUAUUGACAUUGGCAAGGCUGACGCCGAGCUCGUGACCGGAGGUAGCAGGAAGGGCGACAAGGGUUAUGCCAUUGAGCCUACACUCUUCGUAAACCCCAAGGAAGGCAGCCGGAUCUGGACGGAGGAGAUUUUCGGCCCGGUGAUGAGCAUCAAGACGUUCAAGACGGAAGAAGAAGCCAUUGAGCUCGCCAACGAUACUUCCUAUGGUCUUGCUAGCAAUAUCUACACGACUUCUCUAGCAAGAGGUCUUCGUGUCGCGGAUGCGCUGGAGACGGGUGGUGUGAGUAUCAACAGCCCUUUCAUGCCUGAGAUCACAAGUCCCUUCGGUGGUAAGAAACAGUCUGGGAAUGGGCGAGAGCUCGGCGAGGAAGGUCUGCAUGCUUACCUCGAGCCCAAGAGCAUCAACAUCAAGUAA